UGUAGCGAACAGAAUAGAGGGACCUGCCGGGGAUGACUUCACUGUCUCCGGGCAACCAAAGCCCCGAGCAACCCCCACCGGGACCUCCUCUCAUACUGCCGGAGCUGCCGGUUCUUUGCCCACUACCUAAGGCACAAUUUAGAGUCACUUUAAAGCAACUUUAAAGGUGGAAUCGCAUGCAAUAACAACAUCUGGAAUCUGACAGGUCGAAGGAGCCUGAAGAAGCCCAAAGAUGGUGAGAAAAAUGAAGACAGCAAACGGCGAUGAAUGACCUAUAGUUACACAGGAGUGGCUGUUUGGCUUUUUUUAGGUCUUAAAUGGUGAAUUAACCAUGGAUGCAGUUGCAACACCCCAGUGUGACACAGAGGCUGCAGGUAGACCAGAACUUGCUGGUCCCCAUGACGACCACCUCAGGAGUCUAAAGGCACUGACAGAGAAGCUGAGGCUGGAGACCAGGAGGCCCUCCUAUCUGGAGUGGAAGGCCCAGCUGGAGACUCAGAAUGCCCAGGAUCAGCUGGCCCGGGAUCAGGGCCAGACCAAGUCAGAGGAGCAGAGGGGAGCUUCUAGGAGAUCCAGACGAAGCACCGUAAACUCCAGUUUGGUCCGGGAAGGUCAGCUGCCUCCAGCAAGUCUGAAAGGGUUUGACAACAUUGAUGAGGCCCUUGAAUGGCUCAGGAAGGAACUGGCAGACAUGCGCGCACAGGACCAGCAGCUGGCCCGGCAGCUCAUGCGGCUGCGCAGCGACAUCAGCAAGCUGAAGAUCGAGCAGACGUGCCACCUGCACCGCCGGAUGCUCAAUGACGCCACCUUGGAGUUGGAGGAGCGUGACGAGCUCUCGGACCUGCUGUGCGACUUCCCCGUCACACCGGGCCUCGGCCUCUCCGCCCCCCUCCGGCUCAUCGGCGUCACCAAGAUGAACAUCAACUCCCGCCGUUUCUCCCUCUGCUAGUGGCCACAGCAGGGGGCAGAGGGGCAGGAGCCAGGCGGAUGAAUCCCCAACCCACCCGAAUUUCAUGGACAGACCAUGGCGUGAGAAUAAUUAAAAAUUAAAAUGACAGACAGUAAAAAUCGUUAUGCCUUUAGAUGCUUUAAUCUGCAGUUGAUUAUACCUGGGACCAAAACCAGUGUGUUAAUAGAAUUGUUGUUAUUGUUAUUAUCAUUACAUCCUUUUUCUGUACACUCUUGUCAUUUUGUUUUUGUUUCUGUUGUUCUUUAUUUUAGUAUUAUUAUUUUAUAGAAGGUAGAGGAGCAUAUACUCCUCAUUCAUUUAUAUAAUCAGUUGAGGGCUGUAAAUUUCCUCCCCCCCCGAGAAGCCAAACCCUAGAGUAUAUGAAACUCUUCAUCGUACUUUACAAUGACAUUCUUAUACCUGUAGAGAAAAUGAAGUGCAUUCUGGCAUCUCUAAGAUUUCCACAGUUUCUGUUUCAUUUACUUUAUCUUUUAAGGUUUGUUUGACUUUCAGACAUUUAGGACCUUUUGUUCUGUAAAUAAUUACUUUUUGUUUGUUCUGCUGCAUAAACUCCUGGCCACAUCAAAAUCAGGUUUGAUGCAUUAUUGCAAUGUAUGUACCUAUUGAGACCAACGGUGACCAUGGUCUAACAUCAGUCCAUCGCUUGGAUAAAAGGUGCAUCUGUU